AUGGGUCUCAGAGGGCGUCCAGUGCCCCCACCCACCCAGAACGUGCGUCCAUUCCGUGCCUCCUCUCUGAGGAGCAACAGGUCCUCUGUUCUCACAGUGGAUUCCUCUCUCUACUCUUCCCCUUUCCACUCCCCUCACAUGGUCCACCGUGCUCCCCUGGGGAGGAGAGAAUCUGGCCGAUAUCCUUCUCGCCCUGUAGCUCGAGGACGUCCCCUCAUGCAGUCCAGGAGAAGGAUGCCUCCUGCUUCUCCUCAACCGUCUCUGAAACAAAUGCGCCAUCCUGCAUCCCCGCGCCUCUCUCCUCGUCUUUCUCGUCAGCCCUCUCCCCUCAUGUCCCCUAGAGCAGCCCAUCCACAUUUUUAUGCACCAGAAGCUUAUGUAUCUGACCCCUAUGCUGAUCCUUAUGCUGAUCAGCUUGUUGCUCCCUCUUCUCCCAUGUUAUCUAAUGCUAUGCAGAAUCAGGCUAUCCGGCAGGCAUCUUUUUCUUCACCCCUUGGCCCAGAGGUGGUAGGCAUGGCUCCUGAAUAUGUAGAACCUUAUUAUCCCUCAUCCCCUAACUUGUCUGGCGCAAUGCAAAUCCGGGCCAUUCGGGAUGCAUCCUAUGUUUCCACCCUUCAGCAACCAAUGUCACAUUAUGAACAACCCAUGCCACCUUCUUCCCCAAUGCUCUCUGGAGCUCUGCAGAAUCGGGCAGUGAGAGAUUCAUCCUAUAUUUCUCCUUUACAAGGACCAAUGUCACAUUAUGAACAACCCAUGCCACCUUCCUCCCCAAUGCUCUCUGGAGCUCUGCAGAAUCGGGCAGUGACAGAUGCAUCCUAUGUGUCUUCCCUUCAGAGGCCUCGGUCCCCAUAUGCUGCAUCUGUGCCUUCAUCUCCAAUGCUCUCUGGAGCCAUGAGACAUGGUCAGGCACUAAGAGGUGUAUCGUCUUAUCAGACUCCACAGCUUCAUUCACCUUACGGGCCAACUGUGGUUACCCCAUAUGAUUAUAUCUCUGAGCCUGGCCCAGCACCGUUGCUCCAUGAUGCCCUGCUGAACCGAUCUGACAUGCAGGGUGUUUCAUCUUUACGAUCACCAAUGAUGCAACGGCGAAAUCCUUAUGCCCCUGCUGGUCCUCACCUCACCAGCGCAUUACAGCAGAACCCUAACCUCCGCCAAGCGUCUUAUCAGACACCGCUCCGACGGCCCUCUUAUGGGGCCCCGGCACCCUCUUCUCCAAUGCUGGGAAGUGCCCUGCUAAACCCCCAGAUGAUGCAGGCAUCAUACCGCCUGCCAGACGGAACCUUGGUGUCACCAUAUGCAAAUUCACGUUCCUCCCCUAUGCUUGGCAAUGCCUUGCAAAACCAACAACUCCGCGGCGCCUCGUACACAUUGCCUGAUGGAUCAGUUAUCAGGGACCCACGUGAGCCCCAGAUGUCCAUGUCUCCGAAUCUUUCCAGAGCUCUUCAGAACCAGGAUCUUAAGUCUGCUUCAUAUACUCUCCGUGAUGGCACCAUUAUAGACCCCAGACAGCAACAAACUAUCUCCCCAAACCUGGCUAAGGCCCUGGGCAACCCAGCUCUGCGUCAAGCCUCUUACACUCUUCCUGAUGGCACCAUCGUGAUUGACCCCAGGAAACCGAAGUCUCCGAACCUGACCGCCGCACUUCAGAACCCUUACCUGAAAAGCUCUUCGUACACGCUGCCAGAUGGCACGAUCAUCAUUGAUCCAAGGAAACCUGUCUCUCCAAACCUGUCCGGUGCUCUUCAAAACUCUAUGCUGCGGGAUGCGUCCUUCAAUUUACCAGGAGGAAUGCAUGACCCCAAUAUUCCCAUAUCACCACACCUGGCCAAUGCCCUCAACAACCCUGCCUUGAAAGGAGCUUCAUACACGCUCCCAGAUGGAACUAUUAUAGUGGACCCGAGGAAACCAAAGAGCCCCAAUCUGACGGCCGCCCUGCUGAACCCCUAUUUAAAGGGUUUGUCAUAUACCCUGCCUGACGGAACCAUCAUUAUUGACCCACGGAAGCCAGUUACCCCUGACCUGUCUAAGAAGCCCAACCUCUCCGGUGCCCUGAGGCAAAACAAAGCACUUCGGUCCACAGGUCUCUAUCACCUGUCAGAAAACUCUGCACUGUCAGGCGUGCCUAAACCCACUCCUCCUAAUCUCAGCUCAGCAAUGAAGAAUGGGGAACUCCAUGGUGCCAGAUACAGAGCCUUCGUUUGCCCCCCCCCCAGGCUGCCGGAUAGAUCUGUUCUCACGCGUCGGUUCCACAACCCCAGUCUGAACGACGCCAUCCAAAACCAGGAUCUUCGCUACGCCUCCUACAGGGUGCCAACGGGCCUGCAGGGGGAGGAUAACCGCUACGCUGUGAUUCCUCCCUAUGGGCCACACUCAGGCCACUGGGCCAGGAAUGCCCCAGGAGGAGGAGGAGGGGAGGGAGGGGAGGACGUCUGGGCAGCGGAGAGGGUUUUACCACAUGGGACCGUCCAGAAUCUGACAAAGUGGGCCAUGUACAGAGAAGACGGAGUGAUGGAAGGAUAUCUACCCACAGCUCGUUUCUUUGACGGACAACAGGACCCGGACUGGAGUCCUGACAGAGACAGAGCACCUGGUCAGAACUGGUAUGACAAGAUCUUCUCCAUCCUGAGCUUGCCCACGACAGGCCACAGGGUGAAGAACUGGGCGGAGGGAAUGGAGGACAUGACACAGCUGCCAGAGCUGAACGACACCACGGUUCUGAUGAACCUGAAGAAGCGCUACGACCAGGAACACGUCUAUACGUACAUAGGCAGCAUCCUCGUGUCUGUGAAUCCCUACAAGUUGCUGAAUGUGUACGGCACAGACAUGGUGCUUCAGUAUGAAGGCCGGGGCCUGGGCGACAACCCUCCUCAUCUCUUUGCCAUUGCUAACCUCUCGUAUAACACCAUGAUGGAUGCCAAAAAGGACCAGUGUAUUGUGAUCAGCGGAGAAAGCGGGUCAGGAAAGACGGAAGCUACGAAGCUAAUCCUGCGUUACUUGACAGCCAUACAUCACAAACGCAACAUCACACAACAGAUAGAGAUCCUGGAGGCCAUGCCCCUGUUGGAAUCUUUCGGGAAUGCCAAAACGGUGCGCAAUGACAACUCUUCACGCUUUGGCAAAUACACGCAGAUCUACAUGGAGGAGGGUGUAAUCAGCGGUGCCAUAACGUCUCAGUACCUGUUGGAGAAGUCUCGCAUUGUCUUUCAGGCCAAAUCAGAGAGGAACUACCACAUCUUCUACGAGAUGUUAGCUGGUCUUCCUCCCCACGAGAAGACCCCACUUUAUCUGCAGGAACCUGAGACUUACUACUAUCUGAAUCAGGGAGGGGAUUGUACCAUAGAGGGGAAGGAUGACGGAGAGGACUUCAGGCGUCUGCUGAGUGCCAUGGACAUCCUGCGUUUCACCCCAGAGGAGCAGAGCGGCAUCUACAGACUGCUGUCCUCUGUUCUUCAUCUGGGGAACGUUUACUUCCAGCCACACCAGGCUGAGGGUCAGAAGGUUGCGUCGGUGGUGAGUGGGCAGGAGAUCAGAGUUGUCGCUGAGCUGCUGCAGAUCUCACCCGACGGCCUGCAGAAGUCUGUCACCUUCAAACUGACAGAUACAGUACGAGAGAAGAUCUACACUCCGCUCACUGUGGAGAGUGCUGUGGAUGCCAGAGAUGCUGUUGCCAAGAUCCUGUACUCGCUACUGUUCAGUUGGCUGACGGAGCGCAUCAACGGACGGGUCUACCCUCGCAACGAAGCCCUCUCCAUCUCCAUAUUGGACAUUUAUGGAUUUGAGGAGCUACAGGUGAACAGUUUUGAGCAGUUGUGCAUCAACUACGCCAAUGAAACUUUGCAGUUCUUUUUCAACAAGGUCAUCUUCCAGGAGGAGCAGGAGGAGUACAUGCGGGAGCAGAUCGAGUGGCAGCAGAAGCCUUUCAGCCACAACCAGGCCUGUCUUGACCUCAUCGCUGCUAAGCCUCAUGGGAUACUCCGCAUCCUGGACGACCAGUGCGGUUUCCCUCAGGCAACAGACCACACCUUCCUUCAGAAGUGCCACUAUCACCAUGGAAACAACCCGCUGUAUGCCAGGCCAAAGAUGCCACUGCCAGAGUUCACCCUGAAACACUACGCUGGGAGGGUCACCUAUCAGGUGACUAAAUUCUUGGAUAAGAACUUCGACAUGGUCCGUCAGGAUGUGUUGGACCUCUUCACCCAGAGCAGGAACAAAAUGGUUUCCAGCCUCUUCCUGAAGCACUCGGAGUCUGUGUCCCAGCAGCGGUCGAAUGUGCGACGCAGCAGCGCGGCCCGACGCCAUCAGGCCAACACGGUCAGUGCGAAGUUUCAGAGCAGCCUGCAGGAGCUGCUGGAGAAGAUGGAAAGGUGUAACCCUUAUUUUGUGCGAUGCAUCAAGCCAAACCAUCAUAAGGAGCCGGGAGCGUUCGACAUGGAGCUGGUCAACGCUCAGCUGCAUUACUCUGGGAUCAUGGAGACCAUCCUUAUCAGGAAGGACGGUUAUCCAAUCAGAUUGAACUUUCGCAGUUUCUUAUCGAGGUAUAAAGGCCUCCUCUGCCUCAGGGAUCUUCCGCCUGCAGACGGUGAAAACUGUGUCAUCAUGCUCCACAAGCUCGGCCCGGUGAAGAUCGGCUCGUACCAGCUGGGAGUCAGUAAGAUUUUCCUGAAAGAGGAGUUGUAUCAGCUGCUGGAGGGGAAGCGUGAGCGUGUGCUGCACCUGGCUGCCAUGACGCUGCAGAGAUACACUCGCAUGUGCUUCGUCCGAAAGAACUUUGUCAAGUUCCGGCGCCGCGUGACCCUGUUUCAAGCUCGCAGCAAAGGCUACGUGGCGAGAAAAAAGUUUGCUCUGAGGAGGAAGUACCUCAGAAGGUUCCGCUCGGCCGUGCUGCUCAUCGUCAACCGUCAGCGUUACAUGAGGGUAUGUGCACCGGGUUUGUGUUUUGUUGGAUUGUGUUUGCAAUGUGCGCAGGAUCGAGUCAAUAGAGAAGUGGUGAAUGUGACAACACUGCCUAUCCCUGCUGAACUGGCAGCCCUGCUGCAGGUCGCCUCAGGUGGUGAAGAGCUGCACUCUGACUGCUUGGCCGUGGUCCAGGCUCCAAAGGUUCAGGUUGACCCUCAGCUCACCCUGCCCCUGGACAUCAACAACUACCUCAUGACACACUACCUCCGGGCCAUAUUUAGGGAGCCGUUGUUCGGGUCGCUGACAGCUCCUCUGGAUUCUUCUCUGAUUAGAAUGGAUGAGGAGCUGAGACAAGGAUCCCUGAACAUUUUCAUUCUGAUACUUCGGUUCAUGGGUGAUCCGAACCUGAAUGGGGCUCAGGAGAAUCUGUUUGGGAACUACAUCAUCCAGAGAGGACUGGCCAAUCCCAGCCUCCGAGAUGAGAUCCUGGCUCAAGUAGCCAAUCAGGUGUGGAGGAAUCCGAACAUCUUGAAUUCCGAGCGCGGCUGGCUCCUCCUCUCCUCUUGUCUCUCGGCCUUCCUGCCGACUCAAAGACUGGCCAAGUAUCUGCUGAAGUUUGUGUCAGACUACGGUCCGGAGGGCUACGACUGCGUGUGUCAGCACCGUCUGCUCCAGGCUCUGCAGCGGCUGAGCGUCGGGCCCGAGUACGUCCGGACGUACCCCCCCUGUCUGCUGGAGUGGACGGCCAAUCGCAAGAGAGCUCACACCGUCCUGCACAUCCACUGCUUUGAUGGUGUGUCCCUUCUAUGUCCUCUACACUCCUGGACAACAGGAGAAGAAAUGGCCAAAGACAUCUUACAACACAGGGGUGUAGUGGAGGGCCGUCGAGGCUGGUCGGUGCUGUUGAAGGAGCCGGCCCAGUGGGUGGAGCUGGAGGGCUCUGACUACGUCCUGGACUUGAUGUCGGACCUGGAGCUUCCUGCCGACUUCCCCAAACACAGCAGCUACUUCAUCAUCUCUGCACAGGAACCCACCAGAGUGCGGACCAAUGCUAGCAUAAGCCUGUUGGGCGGUGGCUUCGACAAAAAGGAUGAUUUCAUAUCUUCACCCAUACCCGGCUCUGAUGACUCGGAGCCCCAGAGAGGGAUGGAUCGUUAUCUCGACAGCCUGUUUGACCCUGUGCUGUCUGAUGGAACUGGGGAAGUCGAGUCGGCUGCAGGACUCUCCAGCAGGAUGAAGGGGGCCGGGGGAGUUGGAGGGGGGUGGCAACAGCAGGGGCCGUCCACGGGCCCCCCGCCUCCACCUGGAGCUGUGAGAGUCCUUCCUGUGGGGGGUGUGAUGUCGCCUCGUGUUGCAGCCGUGACACCUGUGACACCUGUGACACCUGUGACACCUGAUGCCCAGCAGGCUGCUCUGGAUCGGCAGCAGCAGGCAAUCGUGAACCAGCAGGCCAUCAUCCUGGCUCAGCAGAUGACCAUGCAGGCCAUGGCGCUGGUCAGCCCAGUGUCCAGCCCUCCCAUGUCCCCCAUCAUGAGCCCUCCCUCCAGUCCUCUGCCUCACCACCCUACCAGCCCUUACGCCCCGAGCCCCUACGCUGUCAUGCCUCCCAGUCCGUACGCUAACAUCCCACCCAGCCCUUACGCCAACUUCACUCCCACUCCCUACGCUGCCGCACAAAUCCCGCCAAGCCCCUACCCUCUCCCAGCUCAGUGGGAACAAGCUCCCUCACAGCCCGGAGCUCGGCCUCAGCCUCAGGCCGCCAACCCCAAACCCAAGCUCAGCUCCACUCACACCAACCAGACUGAGCCAGGGAAGCCCAGAGCUAACCCGGCUGCACAGGCACAGUCAGGUAAGGACAGCGCUUCUCGGAGGAAAGCUCCAGGCAUCCCCAUAAAUAAGGACCAACCGGCCAGGAAGUUUGCCCCAGUGGUGACGAAUCCUCCGCCCCCUGCUGGAGAGGUGGUGAAGCACUCAGCUGGGACCAGAGAUCAGGUCGUCCCCAGCCAAGGCAUCCAAGAUAUCAUCAAAAGAUACAACUCACCGCCUCCACCGACAGAUCAGCUGCCCCCAGGCAAGAGGAGACCGGAGGGGAAGUUCAAGAAGAGGCAGACCGCUCACGAUGAAGCUUUACAGAUCCUCAAACCCCAGAUGGACCACCCUCCUGCUCCCCUGCCCAAACGCACAGCUGCCCCCCCACCCGCCACACCUGCAGUCAAAGAGGUGGGAUUGAAACCCACUAAGAGUUUGAAGACGAAAGCACCUGGCCGUCCUCUCCCCAAACAUCCUCCAGUUUCUCGAGAGCUCCCAGUGGAGACAGAAAGCAUCCAGACACAACUUCAUCAGAGCACCAACGAAGAGCACUACACCUACACAAACGUCCCCUGGAGACUGUACCUCAGGAAGGAGGUUUUCUAUCCCAAAGACAGCUUCAACAAUCCAGUGGUGCUUGACCUCAUUUUCAAACAGAUCGUGAAUGACACUCUGUCAGAGGCGUGCGUUCGCAUCACUCGUGAUGAAAGGCAGAGAAUGAAAGCUCUGUUCGCUAAACACGGGGUGGAGCAGAAUAUGGAUCCGGUGGAGGAGCACGUGAAGAAGACAGUUGUGACGGCAGCGAGGGAAACCUGGGAAAUCUACUUCUCCCGACUCUUCCCUGCCUCGGGUAGUGUAGGAACAGGUGUGCAGUUGUUGUCAGUGUCACACAGCGGAAUUAAGCUGUUGAAGACCGUAAGAAGCAGCGCUGCCGCCCCAGACUACUUCAGAGUCCUGCGGCCGUACACCUACGCGGACAUCUUGUUUGUAACCAUCCCGUCAGAGAACAUGCUGGAGUUCAACCUGACCAAUGAGAAGCUGAUCCUGUUCUCAGCCAAAGCCCUGCAAGUCAAACACCUCGUAGACACCUUCAUCUGUGAGAUCAAACGGGACUCAGACUACGUGAUCGCUGAACGUAACUUUGUGACGGACGACCGCUCGAUGCUCAGUUUCCACAAAGGAGACGUCAUCAGGCUGCAGGUCAUGGACGGGCUGGAGAAAGGUUAUAGCUACGGCUGUGUGGUGAGGAAGAAGGUGGUGUUUUUGGAGGAGCUGAAGAGAGACACUCAAGACUUUGGCUGGAAGUUUGGCGCCGUGUUCGGCCGCUCAGGUGCAUUUCCGGCCGAGUGCGUCCAUCCCGUUGCUGCUCCUGACUUCCUGUCACUGCCACUGGACCGUAAGGCCGAGCCUCGCGGGGGGGCGGGACAGUUUGCUGUGUCGUCAGCUGUUGCUGUUGCCGUGGCAUCAACCAUGGCUGCACACGAGAUAGAUCAGACCAUUGAGAAAGUUUCCCUGGAUGGAUUCCCUGAUGGAGAUCUGGAUGAGAGGAGCCUGCAGGACAGUAAAUAUGACAUCCUGGAGUUCGCCAGGAAAUACUUCAGACGGGGACCCAGCGGGAAGGGAGAUUCCCUGAAAGGCAAAGGCAAGAACAGAGACUCCAGGGAGCCCAGUGAAAUGAUCAAGUUCUCUAAGACUCCUCUGACCGAGUCGCUGAUAGAGUUCAUGGAUGCACACAUGAACAGAGUGGCCUCGGAUCUCUUCAUGUUGGCGAUGCGUUUCAUGGGUGAUUCGCCAUCAAGGGGACUGACGGAGCACGAGGCGGUCAGCACGUUCCUCAAGCUCAUAGGAGAGUUCACCUUGAUGCGGGAUGAGGCUUACUGCCAGCUCCUCAAACAGCUCAAUGGCAACACCAGCUCCAAACCUGAUAGUUGCCAGCUAGGCUGGAGGCUGCUGUACAUCCUGACUGCUUUCCAUCGCUGCUCUGAGGUCCUCAAGCCGUUCCUCCUGAAAUACCUGCAGCAGGCCUCUCGCAGCGCUGGGGCUCAGUAUCAGGGUAUAGCUAAAGCAUGCGGGGAGAACCUGAAGAAGACUUUCCAAUAUGGCGGCCGCAUUGUUUCGCCCAACAGCAUGGAGCUGAAAGCUAUGAUGGCGGGUCGAAGUUCAAAGCGCCAGCCUGUUCUGUUUCCUGGAGGAAUCGAACGCCAUGUGAAAAUCAAAACCUGCUCUGUUGCCCUGGAGGUGAUUGAGGAGUUGUGCUAUGAGAUGGGUUUACACAGGCUGGAGGCCAUGGAGGAAUAUGCCAUAUUUUUAGUCACCAACAGAGGUCAGAAUGUGCGUCCUCUGAACAAACACGAGUACAUCCUGGAUGUUGCCACGGAGGCCGAGGUGGUCGACACCAGCUACAGCUUCUGGUUCAGACGAGUCGUGUGGACUCAACCGCUCAAGUUUGAGAACGAGCUGUGUGUGGCGAUGCAUUAUAACCAGAUCCUGCCAGACUACCGUAAAGGCCUCCUUAAUGUGCUCCCCGAGGGGAAAGUGAGCGAUCAACAGCUCAACCAGAUCUCCAAACUGGCAGCUUUGCAGCACAGAGCCAAAGACAUUGUCUUCGUCCCCAGCAUACAUGAAUUAUCCGAGUACAUCGCCGCACCUCUGUUCAAGAAGCAGCCGCCCCAGCAGUGGGUUACCAUGGUGACGCAGCACAUGCAACAAGUGCAGGCCCUGAAUCCGCACCAGGCCCGAGCGCAGUUCAUGGGCCUGAUCAGUGCCUUCCCCAUGUUCGGCUCCUCGUUCUUCUACAUCCACAGCAGCAGCUCCACUACCUUCUACGCCCCCUGCAUUGUCGCUGUCAAUCAACAUGGGCUGCACUUCCUGCACAAAGAUACCCAUGAGCUGAUGGUAGUGGUCCCCCUGGUGGACGUGCAGUCCAGCCGCACCCAGAGGCCCACUGCUGGAACCAGUUACCCGUAUGUCGACCUCACCCUCGGGGACAUGAACACACAACGGGUCAUUCAGAUGCAGCUGGAGCAGGGCCUGGAGCUGUGUCGAGUCAUCGCCAUGCAGGUGGAAAACAUGAUGUUAGUGCGGGAGAAGAGGCUCACCCUACCACCCAGCGAAAUCACCAUGUUAUAACACCUGGCUGAACUGUGCUCACACACUUAUAAGCAGACACACACACACGUGGAAAUGAAACCUGUAAAAAUAAUCUACCUCUUGACUUCAGGUGUUUGUUUUAUAGCUUCUCUGUCACUAAAGUCAAUGCAAGUGUAUUGGUUUAAUGUAUUAUAUUUACUGCACAAAAUUCAGCCUAGA